AUGACCACAAUUACAGCACAAAUCCCGCUUGAAUAUUCACCGGAUCAACAAGAUUCCGAUCAUCGAAAAGAGCAAAUUCCGCCAACGGCUUUCCAUAUAAUUGGAGCAGGUUCACAAGCAAUUGUUGUAGCUGGUGUCUUUCGGAAAGAUGGAGAAAGGGGAAAAGGUGAAAAAGUGGCGAUGAAAAGAUAUGAUAUCGUUUCUCUUACAACCCAAACACAUAGCACUUUUACCCAUACCCAAUUGCUUCAAGAAAUACAAAACACUCAAUAUCUCAUUCACCCAAAUAUUGUCACUAUGAUGAACUUAUUUUACGAAGAAGGCUUGAAUCGAUCACACAAAUUUGUUUGGAUCAUAACAGAACGAAUGGAUCAGACGCUUGAUGUUUAUUUUGAGCACCUCCAAAAAGGGAAUCAAUUGCGUGGUCAUCAAAAUGUUUCGGCUCUUUUUGUUCAAAUGUUUCGUGCACUCGAUUUUCUUUAUCAGAGAGGAGUCAUGCAUCGACUUGUAACGCCAAAGUACAUCGGAAUGAAAAAUGAAAGAUUUGUGAUCAAAUUGCUCGAUUUGGAAGGGUGCGGCCAAAUAAACGCUCAAUUGGAUCAUACUCGAUUUGUUCCUACUCCACGAAUCUAUCAACCUUUGGAAGUGAUUCUUGAGAGAAAAUACGAUUGUGGAGUUGAUAUUUGGGCGAUGGGUCUUGUCGGAAUGGAAAUGCUUGGAUGUAAAUUGAUGAAGCCACCAUUAGUUGAUGGGCCUCCCACUGAAUUAGUCAAACAACGAAUUCUCGAUGUGAUCGGACUUCCAAAUACGAAGUAUCAAGACAUCUUUCAAAAUUGUUUAUCAUUGGAAAGGCCGAGACCGGGAAGAUUGGAGGCAGAAAUUGAUACGGCACUUGAUCGAAUGGAAUCCGAUAGAAAUUCAAGUCUAACAAAAGCAAACCUAAAAGAUCUCUUGCUCAAACUCCUUGAUGUGAACCCGCAAUCAAGACCGAGAGCAUAUGAAUGCUUGGAACAUCCAUAUCUUCUAAAAAUUAAUCAAAUUCUUGAACCGAAGCCUGUUCCCACAGAAGACAUUCAAAACAGCAACGCUCGCGAUGAAGGAAUUUUAAAGCAAAUGCUUUUGAAUUUCUCAAGAUUAGUG